GAAGUUCACCUAGCCUAGGUUACUCAUUAAUAUGACUUGGGUAGCCUACACGGUUUCAUUUGGAAGUAUUUAGAUCGUUCUAAAAUUCAUCAUUUUACUUGAUCUUAUCUGAAACGACUGUCUUGGAGGAAAGAUAUAGCUAAUAUUGCGCUUUGCAAAGUUCUCCAAAGUUCCACUCUCUUUGAGGCACGUGUGACAGGCUUUCACUCUAGGCUACAAAGUAUACUUUUCCUGAGGUCCCAUGACACUGACGUCACCUUGUGUUUCAGAUCAGAUGAUAAACUAUUUACUUCCCGAGAUGACUGAGGUGAUGCAGUUUCAAGAUAUUUCAUAAUGCCGUUUACGAACGUACUUUGUUGCUGUUUCAGGUCCUCAGAGAACACCCUACAACCGAACGAGGAAGUUUCCAACGAGAGACAACCUCUUUUGCAAGGGCAACCACAGUCUGCACGCCAGUCUCGUCCAGCACAUAAUGACGCAUCCCAGAGAAGUGGCAGGUUUAUUGCCCGGCACGUUGGCAUCCCUGAACUUGAUCAGCGCUUUGAAGAUGUAGCCGAGAUGUUCAACCUGCAGCAAGGGCACCAUGAGGCCAUGAGAGAAUGCCUCAGCACACUCAGGGACCGCUACCACUGUUCCCAUGGCGAUGGACUGAGUGAGUGCUUGAAGAGAAUCAAAGAAGAGCAUGGCACACAUCAAAUCACCUUCCACAUGAAAGGCUACGACUUCUCCCUGGCAGUGGUGCCAAACGAUGAGGUGCCCACCAAGCUAUGCAGUAGCCAGGACCGCAUCCGUGGCCUCUGCCAGGCUUGUAAGGCCAUCGUGGCCGCUGGCACCAAGCUCCAGGAGAUGAUUGGCUGGCUGACAAAGGCAGAGGAGCGGCUGGCCAAUCAGGUGCUGGAGGUGGCCCCCGCCUACCAGGAACAGCGCAGGCUGGAGGACAACCUGAGGGAGAACCUGCAGGAGUGCCAUAGAGCCAGAGAGCUGUCCUCCGCCUACAGGGAGGAGGCCGGGAAGCUCCUUAAUGAAGCAGCGCUGCUGUCGGGCGUCAACCCCUGAUACUCACCCUGACCUUCUACUCUCCUAUCCUAUUCCCCAGGAGCCUAGGUCUAGAUACAGGCACUCUUUGUGGUUCUGAUAUGCUCUGAUAUUUUUGAAAAUGUAAGGAACUUUAAAGCCACUGCAGGUCUAAAGGGAGGAUUUGGGCAUACAGGGUUGCGAAGUUGAUGUCUGUGUAGAGGCAGUGUAUGAAACAUGCUAAAGCCAUUGCACUGAUGUGAUAUCAUCACUCCAUAUCUGCAUCAAAAGGAAUACAUUUAAGAGUUUAUUCAUGUUAUGUAUUGCAUUAGGUAUUAGGCUUUUUGGGGGCCCACUGUGUAGAAUUGUAAUUCAGUGUCCCCCUCACCAUUGCCUGAGAAAUGAAUUAUAAGUAAUGUUAGUCUUGAAAGGAACUGCUGUAGGAAAGUCAUUAUUUGCAUGUGUUUGUGGAUAUGCAGGACUGAGAGCAACUCUACUGAUUUAUAACAGUCAUUAUUCGUCACAUUCCUUGUGCAAACAAUCCUUUUAAGGCAUCACCUUUUCACACAGGGAGGCAUAGAAAGCCUAGAAGCAUUGACAGCCCUAUUCAUCACUUUAACAUUUGUUUAUGAAAGAGAAGCAUUUAAACAGUCAACACUGAGAUGUUUUGCAGACACUCCAGGGUUUAGAUAAUUAGUUGCAACCACGUAAUGUAAGUUAGAAAGACUAACUUAGUAUAGUAUUUCUUCUAGGAUCUGAACUGGCAGGCGGAAGCAUACUUGAAGGGACAACUUUUGUAAUUCAAGACUUUUUUUUGGUUCUGGAACUUAGCCUUAUGAAUGUCAGUUUUGAGAUUAUUGGACUAUUAUAAUGUAAUAAUACUGUAAUAUGUAAACAGAUUGUAUUUUUGUUAUUUUUGCUGAAGUAUGCAAUGGGAAAGCCAUUGGAUUUGUUCACAGACUAUAGUCCAAUAGGCUACUGUACGGCAACUCUAGCAAGUAAAACCGCAGAUUAACUUAAUUUAUGAAGUAAAAUAAGGGAACAGAUCAAA